AUGGCAGUUAUGUCAAACUCGCUACUGCCUAACUUCCUUAGGCCUUACGACAAACUAUGCGAUGUAAUGAGAAAAGACGGUCCUUUGGGACUGAACUACUCGGAUUACACAUCAGAAUUCUUCGAGGUGAAUGCUAAGCUCAGCGAAGCUGCUCACGGGGACCACCUUGUUACAGAGUUCAUUCCUGCUCUUGGUGCGGAUGUGAAGGCAGGUGUAGUCGAAGAUAAA